GCUUUUCUUGCUUUAGUUGGAGGCUUCCCACCCUACUGCGGGUCGUGCUGCUGUAGAGAAGAGGGCUGAAAUCAGCACAGGAUGAUAUAACGCCUGCAGAUCAGGCUAAACGGCGCGAAACCCUUAAUAUUCAUCUUCUACCUAAAAGGAAUUUAUGCUGAAUGUGUUUUUGAUGGUGUAGUUGCGUGUGGUCUUCUUCAGGAUCAAUGUCUUUUUUGCGCUGGGUGACGGAGAAGCUGAGUGUGGAGAGUCUGAGGGAUCUGGAGUUGUUUGGAGAGCAAGCUCAGGCAAGCCCCCUCAGGAAAGUAAGUGAGGCCAAUGAAGACAGUCGUGAGUCUCUGAGCCCCCUCCCACAACGGGAAACCAUGGGAACCUUCCUGCCUGACAGCAGUGCUUAUGAACUGCUCACCAUCAUAGGCCGUGGUCUGGAGGACUUGAUGACCGUAAACUUGGGGAGAUACAAACCUACUGGAGAACAUGUUGCUAUCAGAAGGAUUGAUCUGGAGUCCUGUACCAAUGAUAUGGUCAACUACCUACAGGGAGAGCUGCAUGUUUCUAAACUCUUCCACCAUCCCAGCAUCCUCCCUUACAGGAGCAUCUUCAUCGCAGAGAACGAGUUAUGGGUGAUCACACCAUUCAUGGCCUAUGGCUCGGCACGAGAUUUGAUCAGCACUCACUUCACAGACGGUAUGAGUGAGCUGACCAUCGCAUACAUUCUGCUUGGUGUACUCAGAGCGCUGGAGUAUAUUCACCACAUGGGUUACGUACACCGGAGUGUGAAGGCCAGUCACAUUCUGAUCUCAGCAGAUGGCCAGGUUUAUCUGUCUGGUCUGAGAAGUAUCUUCAGUUUAAUCCGGCAUGGCCAGAGGGCACGAGUGGUCCACGAUUUCCCCCAGUACAGUGUUAAAGUGCUGCCCUGGCUCAGCCCUGAGGUGCUACAGCAGAAUCUUCAGGGGUACGACUUCCGCUCUGAUAUUUACAGUCUGGGAAUUACUGCAUGUGAGCUGGCCAAUGGUCAUGUGCCAUUUAAAGACAUGCCUGCUACCCAGAUGCUGUUGGAGAAGUUGAACGGUACAGUGCCAUGCCUGCUGGACACCACCACCAUCCCCCCAGAGGAGCUCAGUAUGAAGCCGUCUCGCUCAGGGGCCGACUCGGGGAUCUGCGAGGGUCCUGGGGCAGGGGUUUCACGUCACACUAACGGAGAACCCUCGUCCUCCUCAGGGCCGAAUCCGUACAGCCGCACCUUCAGCCCUCACUUCCACGCCUUUGUAGAGCUGUGCCUGCAGAGAGACCCGGAGAAGAGGCCUUCUGCAAGUGCACUGAUUGGUCACUCCUUCUUUAAGCAGAUAAAGCGCCGGCCGUGCGAGGCUUUACCAGAACUGCUGCGUCCGGUCUCACCGCUCAGCAGCUUCGAGUGCGUCCAGCCUCAGGACUCCCCCUCAGGUCUGGCCAGCCUGGAGUCCGGCCUCAGCCACCUGGACGUGGACGACUGGGACUUCUGACAAGUGACCAGUCAAGGAGAAGGAGAACGGAAAUGGACAAAGAAUGGACAACAUGUGCUGAGUGGCUUGUGGACGGAAAUGAAAGAAGGAUGUUUUGUUCCUGGCGGGAGUCUGGAUUUAGGGGUGGCAAUGGGAAGUUGUGGGUGCAUGCGUUUUCUAACUAGUAGGACAUGAAAGGAAAGAAAAUCAAAGAGGAUGCUUUUAAAAGAAUGGGUCAGUCAGUGAUGCUAACGUUACUAACAGUGGAUGAAGGUGAGCAGCCACCAGUUACCAUUAUGAAAACAUCAUAAUGCCUAUUUUGAUGUCAGUUAAAGGAGAACUCUGGUGUGAAAUUGACUUUGGGUGUAGUAGAACAUGAUAAAGUACUAACCUGUGUUGAAUAGCCCACCUUCAUUCUCCCACAGCUUUCCGAGAUCCAGCAAUUUUGUGCAGUUUGUCCAAACAGGCUAGAAUGGGUUUUAAUGGGGCAUAUUUUGCCCCUGCAGACAAAUGGAUUUUUACACUGCAGCUUCAGCUGGCAUAACGGAGGAGAAGGCUAAGAAAAAAGAAGACAUAACGCGUUUGUGCGUUUCCAGCCUGCAACUUUACGUCCUCGUCACUCUACUGAUCAUGACUUUACUUUAAGAUGGCAGUGCCCGGAGAUGUAAGUUACGAUAGCAGUGGUUAUUAAUACUUUAAUAGUAACUUCUUAUGCACUUCUUUUAAAGUUCUUUAUGCCUCGUUUUGAAUGUCAGGGCUCUCCAGAUUCUACCAAUGAGGUGUGGAGCUUCUUUGAGCCUGGAUAACAGUGUAAAAGGCAAUUUAUCUGCAGGGGAAAAAUAUGCCCCAUUAAAACUCAUUGUAGCCUGUUUGCAAACUGCUCAAAAUUCCUAGAUCUCGGAAAGCUGCGCGAGAGCGGAGGUGGGCUAUUCAACAAAUGUUCGUACUCUUUAUCAUGUUUUACUACAGACAAAGUCAGUUUCACAGAGUUCUCCUUUAAAAAUGCUGAUGUUGCUAACAGUGGAUGAAGACAAACAGCGCAAAUUACAAUAAUGUGAAUGACAUCACAACGUUUAUUUUGAUGCAAGUUAACCAAUGUUUGUAACAAUGCUUGAAACUAAAUAGCCACAUAUAAGCAUUGUUAAAGGAUGUCACAAUGCUUCAGCAAUGCUAAUAUUACCAUUACCAUUACUAAAACAUGAGCACCAUUAUAAAAAUGAUUUUUUUGUAAUGCUAACAAUACAAGAAAGUGGAAAUUCAUACAGUAUAAAGCAUUGCCAGUUAAUAUAACUGUUAUGUCAGUCAGCUAAAUUGUUAGCAUUGCUAACAGUGGAUGAAUGUGAGAAGCCAACAUUUUCUAUUAUAAGAACACAUCAACAUCAAAAUGCUUAUAAUUAUGUUAAUCGGUAAUGCUGAUGUUGCUAACAAAGCAAGAUAGCAGUCACAAAUGAGCCCUGAGAAACGCUAGUGGGUGAAAGCAAAUUUGAAAUGUACCACAAAAAAAAUACAUUCACUGCUUAUUCUGGUGUCAGCCAGUAAUGCUAACAUUACUAAUAAUACACAAAAGUAGAGAGCUACAUAAAUGCAUUGUUGAAUGAUGUCACAAUGCUUAUUAUGAUGUCUGUAAAUAAUGCUAACACUGCUAGCAUUGUAUGAAAACUCAUAAUGCUAACCUGGCUAUCAGUGAAUUUGUGAUCAUCUGCUAAUUACUCCAUUUGCCACAAUGUCUUACAUGUUUUUAUGCUUUAGUAAUGUUACCAUUAUUGACUUGCCUCAUAAUAAGCAUUGGAAUGUCAUUUUCAUAAAGAUAAUUUUCACCCACUCUUUGCAUUAGCUUCGUUCAUCAACAUAAUGAUAAGCAGUCUAUCAUUAUUUCACAAUGCAUAUUGAGCCUGUAAUCAUAUUCAUAAAGUUUUAAGAGUUCAGAAAUCAAUAUUUGGUCGAAUAACCCUGAUUUUAAUUACAGUUUUCAUGCAUCUUGGCAUGUUCUCUCCUCCACCAGUCUUACACACUGCUUUUGGAUAACUUUAUGCCACUCCUGGUGCAAAAAAACAGGCAGGUCAGUUUGGUUUGUUGGCUUGUGAUCAUCCAUCUUCCUCUUGAUUAAAUGCCAGAGGUUUUCAAUUAGGUAAAAUCAAAGAAACUCAUCAUUUUUAUGUGGUCUCUUAUUUUUUUUCCAGAGCUGUAUAUUUGUGCAGUGUGAAGCUGCUUUAAACACAGUGUUUGCAAUUGGAAGUCUGCACAGUAAGCGGACUUGAGCGGGCGUACGCGGUGAGCGCUGCACAUGUGGCGUUCAGUGUGAAAAAAGAUUAGCAUGGAGCGUUUGUUUAUAGUUGUAGUAAUUAUCUGGCUAUUAUAUCAGGUUAAACUGCAACUGAACAGCCAUUUAUUCACUUAAAAUAUAAAUAUAUUUGACCAGACCAAGGGUAACUACUAGGGGUAACCACGGGUCUUAAUGCGGUUAUUUUGGUCUGCACCAGAGUGCGAUUACUGAUUUCACACCUGCUGAAAUAAACCACACCAGGCGUGCAAAGGAACCAGAUAGAUCAUAUAGUGCUUGUGUGAAAACACCCUAAGCAUUUUGCCAUUAAUGAAAGUGAAAAGCUGAUAGUUAGCAUUUUAAUAAAGUUAUUCUUGCUAAUUUGGUGGCUACUGGUUUACACUGGUUGUUAGCGACAUUAGCAUGUACGGUUGUGCUGAUAAAAAGAUCCAGGAUUCACCCGUUAGUGUAUAUAGUUCUGUACAUAACUGAAACUGCUCGAUGGAGAGAAGUGUUAUUUCUUCAUCUCUCUCACCGAGAGGUGCGAAGCCAGCAGCCGCCACAGCCUUGCCUAAACCACCACUGGUUCACCAUCACACUUACUGGGCAAUGCAUGAGUACAAAUGAAAGUCUGGACCAGAAGUUGAAAAUUUAGGACCCCCGAUGUAGAACUGGCACCAUUUAACAGAAUUUGAAACCACGUAUAAGUUCAGAAACCAGGAACUUUUGUUCGCAAUGGGAACCGAAAAAUACUAACUUCUUCAGCUCAAACUUUGACAAUGUUUUUGGGCGUGUCUGAUUAUGAUUUGACGUUUUGAUUGUUCCACUAAAACUGGUUUAAACACAGGCAGAUUUUGAGGUAAAUCACCAUGGUUCUUUUAAGCCUGAAUGGAACUGGUUCAAGAACUGGUUCUUUUGGUGGGAAAGUGCAGGAAGUCAAGUUAAAACAAAUAAUCCUGGGGUGGAUUUUUUUUAGCUUUUAGACUUUCUGGACCUGAAUUUUGCAACUCUGGUGUGGACCCACACACACAUACCUAUCAUAACCUCCUUCUUAAGGCAGUUUUGCCACGUUGGGAUGUCGGGUGCUCAGUUUUGCGCACUGUUACUGAACGAGCGUUACGUGUUUUGUAAUAAUCUGAACCUGAACGGCAGACUUUGUGAAUGUCUAAUUGUAGUGUAGUAUUGCUUGCUUCAGCACUGAGCUCACAGAGCUACAUUUACAUUGAUAAAGCAUUGCUGCAUGGCCCACUGAGCCGACGCCUUCUUCUCGCAGUGUCCGGUGGUUUACCCAGGAACGAUAAUGGCGAUUCUGAAUGAACAGGUAUUGAAUUAAUGUGUUCAGACUACCAGCAGGACAUUAAUCGGUGCAUGGACGGGAGCCGCGAUGACCCUCGGAAGAACUUUUUAAAAAAGAAACUUCACCCUUCACACAAUGCUGUCGAAGAUUUUUUUUGUGCCCACCACCGUCAGCCAUCCACUUGCAUAAUGAAUGUUGUUGAUGCAGUGUUUCUUUGAAUUUCAUUUAUGUUACGUUACCAUGAACCUGUAAUAUUGGAAAGUACUUCAGUGGAGGUGUUCAGAUGUUACAUAUUGGGAGAAUGACACAAUAAAGGCUUAAAAAAAACCCUGAUGUUUUAAAUAUUUAUAAGUGGUGCUGUCUAAAAAGCAAUACACAAGCAGUAGCAGUAAGUUCUGUGUGGACAUUUACUGAUACAGUUAGACCCAUAAAUAUUUGGUCAGACACAAUCUCCAGAAUUUGGGCUCUACAUACCAUCACACACUGGGUUUAAAAUGAGACGAAUCAGAUCCAACUGAACUGAAAAUUAGAAUAUUAUAAGACCAAUUGGUACUUUUGGCAGUGUGCCACAUACUGCUGGAAAAUGAAAUCCACAUCUCCAUAAAAGUUGUCAGCCAUGCGAAGCAUAAAGUGCUGUAAGAUUGUCUGGAAAAACACUGCACUGCACAGAUGGCAUGUCUCUCCAAACCAUCACUGAUUGGUGGAAACUUCACACUAGACCUCAAGCAGCUUGAACUGUGUGUCUCUACACUCUUUCUUCAGACUCUGCUCCCUUAAUUUCUAAAUUAAAUGUAAAAUUUACUGAUAAUCAGUGAUGGUUUGGAGACACAUGUCAUCUGCUGUUGUUGGUCCACUGUAUUAUAUCAAGUACAGUAUCAGUGCAGUGUUUUUCUGAAAAAUCUUACAGCACUUCAUGCUUCCCUCUACUGACAACUUUUAUGGAGAUGCAGGUUUCAUUUUCCAGCAGGACUUGGCACACUGCCCACACUGCCAAAAGUACCAAUUGGUCUUAUAUAAUAUUCUAAUUUUAUGAGACAUUAAUUUUGGGUUUUUCGUUGGCUGUAAGCCAUAAUCAUCAACAAUAAAAGCUUAAAAUAGA